UUGUGAAAAAUAUUCCUUCAUCUUCAACAAGAAUUGCCAUGGUGCUGGAUUGCGGAAGCAUACUAGAAUGAGUACUGAGUCUGAAAAUUGUAGCUCUUGAAGACUUCCGGAGGAAGAAAUGGUGGAUUGAAGGUAACUCCAUGAAAAGCGGAGCCAAUGAUCAUGGCGAAAAAUGAAGAGUCAGUGAAAUCGAUUGCCUCCUUGAACCUCUCCAGAGAAAGAGAGGAUGGGAGAUCACCCAUGGGUGCUUCAGACAAUUGCUACUCCUAAGGAGGCUGCAAAACUGCUUAUGAUGGCUUCUGUUUAUACUUCAAAUAAAACAAUCAGAGUUUGUCCUUUCCUCAAUGGAGAUGUUCAAAACCCAGAAGCCAGAACUAAUAACACAUGGAUUAGUCCCAAUCUGCCUAGCAGAUGCACUUGGAAACCAGGAAAAUCCAUCUCAGAGUCACCUCAUAGCUAUAUGCCUCAGCAAAAAGAACCAAAGAUUUUGUCAAAUGUCUUAGAGAAAAUUGGACGCACUCCUCUGAUCCGUGUCAACAAGAUUUCAAAAGCUUAUGGUCUCAAGUGUGAACUUUUGGCCAAGUGUGAAUACUUCAAUGCUGGAGGGAGUGUAAAAGAUCGAAUCACUUUAAGGAUGAUAGAGGAUGCAGAAAAAGCUGGUAUCAUAAAACCAGGAGAUACACUCAUUGAACCUACAUCAGGAAAUACAGGAAUUGGAUUGGCUCUCGUAGCUGCAAUGAAGGGUUAUCGCUGUGUCAUUGUCAUGCCAGAGAAAAUGAGUAUGGAAAAGGUUGAUGUUCUGAGAGCACUUGGGGCUGAAAUAGUAAGAACUCCCUGUGCCAAGUUUGAUGAUCCAGAAUCCAAUGUUCGUGUUGCUUGGAAACUGAAAAAUGAAAUUCCAAACUCACAUAUUUUAGAUCAGUAUCGAAAUGCAAGUAAUCCAUUGGCACACUAUGAUACCACAGCUGAAGAGAUCUUGGAGCAGUGUGAUGGAAAAAUUGAUAUGUUUGUGGCUGGAGCUGGCACAGGUGGUACUAUCACUGGUGUUGCCAGAAAGUUGAAGGAGAAAUGUCCUGCAUGCAAAAUUGUUGGAGUAGAUCCCGAUGGUUCCAUUGUUGCUUUGCCCAGCUCAUUAAAUGUAGUCUCAGCCAAGGAUACAACAAUGGAAGUGGAAGGGAUUGGUCAUGACUUUAUCCCAACUGUCCUUGAUAGAUCCGUAAUAGAUCAAUGGUGCAAAAGCAAUGAUAAAGAAUCCUUCCUUAUGGCUCGUAGAUUAAUUAGAGAGGAGGGCUUGCUUUGUGGAGGCAGUGCAGGCAGUGCAAUGUCUGCAGCUGUGAAAGCUGCCAAGCAACUAAAAGAAGGUCAGCGUUGUGUUGUCCUCUUACCUGACUCUGUGAGGAACUACAUGUCUAAGUUUUUGAAUGACAAAUGGAUGGCCCAGAAUGGAUUUCUAAAAGAUGUUCAGGAACAUUAUCCUUGGUGGUGGAAUAUUAAAGUCCAGAAGAUGAAUCUUUCUGCUCCUCUGAUUCUUCUCUCCGAUGUGAGCUGUCAAAAAGCAGUCGAAAUCCUACAAGAAAAGUCAUGCAGUCAAGCACCGGUCGUGGCAGAAUCAGGCGUCAUCUUGGGAAUUGUAAGUAUUACCAACAUCCUCUCCUCGAUCCUGGCAGGAGAUGCACAGUUCUUAGACCCAGUCAUAAAAGUCACUUAUCAACAAUUUUCAAAGAUUAAUCUGGAUGACACCCUGGGAAAGCUUUCACAUGUCCUGGAAAAUGAACAAUUUGCUGUUAUAGUGCAUGAAGUGGAGCAAUACAAUGCAAAGGGGUCCUCCUUGAUGAAACAGAUGGUAUUUGGUGUGGCCACAGCUGUUGAUCUGCUCAGCUUUAUCACACCAAAGAACAAACCUCAAGAUCUAAAUGCAUCAUUCACAUCUGUUUAUGAAAGAACUUUUCCUGAAUCAGGAAAAAAUAACUGAAGAUGUUUAACUUAACGGUUUACAAUAUGGCAGGGCCAUCUGCAGUGGAAAAAAUGAUGGCUGUGAUAGGCUGUGAUAAGGUGACACACAUAAACUCCAAGAGGAGUUUCAAUCGCCCCAAUAUGAUUGCCAUCUUGAUUUCUUUACUGUAUCCUGCUGAAACCCUUGCAAUUUGGGAAGCUUUUUAUAUUAAUGUGUCUAGUAGUUCUUGGUUUACUUGAUGUCAUUCUGAAUAACAAUUCUGGCAAUAAUCUGAGAUUAAGAUGAUCUGAGAAUAAUUUUUAACAAGCUGGUAUUCCCAGACAAUUUCAAAAUAAGGUUCUUGGAGCUAACAGUUUGCUAAAUGAAUCCCCCAAGGAGGUCUUGUUGUUGUGAUUUCUUUUGACAUUUUCAUUUGUAUGUUAACUUUGAUUGAUAAAUGCAUUUCAAAAUCUGCUGGCAGAAGAAUAAAGUGAAAGUAACUGAAUGACAUCCAGAACAUUGACAAAGAAGGGGGCCUGAAGUGAAUGAUUCUGAUGGGCAGUAAGGUGAAGAUGUGUCAGAUUUUUUUGCUCCAGAGGAAAAAAAAAAUCUUACCCAUGUGGGGUGACUAUAGGUUGUAUCUGUUAAUACUGAUAAAUGCAAAUUUAAUCUCCCACAUUUUUCAGUAAGAAAGGUUUCUAGAUUGGGAAAAUUAUAUACAUUUCCUCUUGAUUUCAGUAGACUGGCAGCAAUGCAACUGAGGAUCGGAUUUGAGGAAAUUUGAGAGCCUUUUUACAGAAUCAGAAUAUAAACACUUUUGGCAUUAACUUCUCUAUUUAAAUUCUCAUUUUAAUCACGGAAACAAAUCAUUGCAUGCAGAAUACAGGUAGUCCUUGAUUUAUGACCACAAUUGAGCCCAAAUUUUCUGUUGCUAAGCAAAUCAGUUGUCAAGUGAUUUUUUUCUCCCCAUUUUAUUAUCCUCCCUACCACUGUUAUUAGGUGAAUUACUACAAUUUUAAAUUAAUAACAUGGUUGCUAAGUGAAUCUGGUUUCCCCAUUGACUUUGCUUGUCAGAAGAUCGCAAUAGCUGAUUAUAUG